AAAAAAAAUACACACCAACCCUCAACUCCCGCCUCUCGCCUCCCAGCGUUCCAGACACAGCAGACGGCACAGCUGUGAGCGGCCUCGAUUUCCCCUCUGUCGAACAGAUCUCGUGUGUUUCCUCCGGCCAAUUCUUUCGUCCCUCCGCCCGCCAUGUCCCGCUUCCUCCGACCCGCAGCCCGUCUGGCUGCCUCGACACGAGCUGCCGCUUCCAUCAAGGCGCACGCCGCGCCGUCCCUGUCACAGGCCAUUGCCCGCCCCGUCUACUUUGGCGGCUCGUCGCAGAGCAGGUCGUACGCCGAGGGCUCGGGCGUCAAGGAGUACACGGUGCGAGACGCUCUCAACGAGGCGCUGGCCGAGGAGCUCGAGGCCAACCCCAAGGUCUUCAUCCUGGGCGAGGAGGUUGCCCAGUACAACGGAGCGUACAAGGCCAUUGACCAUGUCGUCAACUCGGCCGCCAAGACCCUCUACAUGUCCGGUGGCAUCCAGCCCUGCAACAUCACCUUCCGUGGACCCAACGGCUUCGCCGCCGGUGUCGCCGCCCAGCACUCGCAGGACUACUCUGCCUGGUACGGCAGCGUGCCCGGCCUCAAGGUCGUCUCCCCCUGGAGCGCCGAGGACGCCAAGGGCCUGCUCAAGGCCAAGGCUGCCAUCCGCGACCCCAACCCCGUCGUUGUCCUCGAGAACGAGCUCAUGUACGGCCAGAGCUUCCCCAUGUCCGAGGCCGCCCAGAAGGACGACUUCGUCCUCCCCUUUGGCAAGGCCAAGAUUGAGCGCGCCGGCUCGGACCUGACCAUCGUCUCCCUGUCCCGAUGCGUCGGCCAGUCCCUCGUCGCCGCCGAGAACCUCAAGAAGAACUACGGCGUUGAGGCCGAGGUCAUCAACCUGCGUUCCAUCAAGCCCCUGGAUCUCGACUCCAUCGUCCAGUCCAUCAAGAAGACGCACCGUCUGCUUGUCGUCGAGUCCGGCUACCCUGCCUUUGGUGUUGGUGCCGAGAUUCUCGCUCUGGCCAUGGAGUACGCCUUCGACUACCUUGACGGCCCUGCCCAGCGAGUCACCGGUGCCGAGGUGCCCACUCCCUAUGCCCAGAAGCUGGAGGAGAUGUCCUUCCCCAACGAGCAGCUGAUUGAGGACUUUGCCGCCAAGAUGCUGCGUGUGUAAACUACCCAGCGCAAGUUGAGCAACGGGGCGGCAAAAACAGAAAUUAAGAAGGAGGGGGGUGGGCUGGGGUGACUAUUCGGGGUGGGUAGUAUAAUAUCUCAAUGGUGGUAGACUCAAGCUUGGCAGGGGUGUUCUUGGCUUCAAGGGGGAGGUUUCGGAGGAUGGUGAAGCGCAUCUGGCUAUGUAGCAAUUUGGUUGGACCUCUAGUCA